AUGGAUAUAGCCCGAGCUGGCGAAAUCGUAAACGAGCAAGCGGACAGAUUCAAGGGCAGUGAAACAUUUUCAAGCUCCGAUGUAAACACUGUUAGGCCGUCGGUAAGUCACAGGAAACAAUACGUAUCUGAGAAAAGUUCGCAGAAAGAUGCCACAUGUUUUCGGUGCGGGCGGAAGGGCCACAUUGCAAGGAACUGUACAAUCACUAAGGACAAAACGUGUUACAAGUGCGGAAAAAAGGGUCAUUUCGCAAAAGUAUGUAAGACUAAAUCGGAUACCCCGCGCACUAAACCAGGUAAGGACCGCAGUACAAAGCAUGUUCAUUUAGUGCAGAACGAGUCCUCAGAUGACGAGUUCGCAUUUGCUGUCUACAAAAACGACACAAAUGGAAUGAUAGACGUUAGCGUGGGCGGAGCUAAGAUACAGGUGCUAAUUGACUCUAGCGCUAGCUGCAAUAUCGUCAACCACCAUGUAUGGAGCGCCGUUAGAGCUAACGAUGAAACAAUGUCUCUAUCGACAAGCACAAAAAGAUUGUUUUCUUACGGAUCAAAGGAACCUUUACAAAUACUAGGAACGUUUCGGGCUGUCACCAAGCAUGGACUGCGUGAAACAUAUGCAGAAUUUGCUGUCGUUGAGGGCGAUUAUAUUUCCUUACUAGAAAAAGACACAGCGGUAGAGCUAGGAGUUCUACGCAUAGGAACCAAUGAGCCGGACCUAUGCUCCGUUAGAACUGAACUUGAUAGGAUUGUUGCUUCAAGAAAUUCUGUUUUCGAUGGAGUAGGGAGACUGGGAAAUUUUCAACUGAAAAUUCAUGUCGACAAGACCGUGACCCCUGUAGCACAACCGUUACGACGUUUACCGUUUAAUGUGAGGAAAAGCAUGAACAAAAAGCUCGAGGAGCUGGAGAAGAUGGACAUAAUUGAAAAGGUAAACAGCCCCACAGCUUGUGUGUCGCCACUUGUCGUUGUGCCCAAGAAAAACGGGGAAAUUCGAAUCUGUGUCGAUAUGAGACAGGUCAACACUGCUGUUCAACGUGAGCGAUACCCGAUCCCGACUGUGGAUGAAAUGCUAAAAGAUAUGAACGGCAGCACAGUGUUCUCAAAACACGAUUUAGGUUGGGGAUACCACCAAAUAGAGCUCGACGAAGAAUCAAGAGAGUUCACCACGUUUGUGACACAUGAGGGCCUUUAUCGCUAUAAGCGCCUCAUGUUCGGAAUCUCCUCAGCAUCUGAGAUCUACCCAAGAGUAGCUGGACAAGUCAUUCAAGGUAUCAAAGGAGCAAAGAAUUUGUCUGAUGACAUUAUAGUCUACUGGACGGAUCAGGCGGAUCAUAACAAGAAACUUACGAAGGUGCUCGACAGACUCGCUGAGAAAGUGCUUACUCUUAACAGAGAAAAAUGCGAAUUCCAUCUCUCAAAAAUUGUAUUCUUUGGACAUGUGAUUUCAUCAGAGGGGAUUCGACCUGACCAGGAAAAGAUCAAAGCAGUAUCGGAGACCAGGACGCCGAGCAACAGUUCCGAAAAAAGGAUCUUCUUGGGGCUAGCAAACUACUGCGGCCGUUUUAUACCAAAUUUCUCAACAAUACUGCCCCGUUACGAGAGCUUACAAAGAAGAACACGCACUGGAGUUGGACGAAAAGACACCAGGAUGCGUUUGACAUGCUAA